CUUUUCUAUAGAUUAAAAGCCAUAGGAAUCAAGAAUUAGAACAUGAAAAUGGUUGGUCUGAAUGGAGUGAAUGGUCGAUCUGUUCCCGGAGUUGUGACGGAGGGGUCAGUGUUUCGCUUAGAAAAUGCAAUCAUAAGAAGGGAUGUAUCGAAGGGAGUGCUGAAAGGCAUAAAAUCUGUAAUAUGCAGCCCUGUCCAAGCGAUGUAGACUUCCGAGGGACUCAAUGCUCUCAAUAUAACAAUAAGCCGUAUAGAGAAAGACGAUAUGAAUGGUUGCCAUAUUUGGAUCCAUUAGACUCGUGUAGUCUUACCUGUAGAUCAAAAGUAUUCAAUUUUGUGGCCAAACUCUCGCCCAAAGUGGAAGACGGCACCCGUUGUAGGGCUGGAUCUCUCGAUAUGUGUGUCUCCGGAAAAUGUUUGUCAGUUGGAUGUGAUUUGGUAUUGGGUUCGGAUAACAAAGUGGACGGCUGUGGCAUAUGUGGUGGUGACGGCACCUCAUGCAGUCAUCCCACUUACAUCUGGUCAGAGACUAACUACUCUCCCUGUUCUGUGUCAUGCGGUAGAGGCUAUCAGAUGUCACAACCGAUUUGUAUGAAUAAAGAGGCCAACGAAGAGGUCGAUGAGAUCUUAUGCGACCCCACAUCACGUCCGCGGCCGCACAUCAAUGAAUGCAACGUCCAGAAGUGCCCGCCCUUUUGGAUUAUAGAGUCGUGGUGUGCCUGUAGUCGCCGGUGUGGUGGAGGCAAACAGACACGAGAUGUGUAUUGCGUUCAGGAUGUGGUAAAUGGCACUCGACUUAAAGUGUCUGAUAGCGAGUGUCUCAAACAAAAGCCUAUAACCGAGAAGUCAUGUAAUAUACAGGAGUGCCCGCAAUGUGUUCUGCCACUUGUGAGCCAGCAUUUCAAGUCCGAGCUGUGGUUUGUCGAGACGUUCGCGGAUUUUAUAGAUUCUAAUGAGAACUCACAGGAAGACUCUCCCGGAGCGCCCCAUCACUCGCAACGGUUGCAUAGAGUGACCAAUCCUUCCAUAUCAACGGAACCCAAUUAUAUAGUGGGCGAGUGGUCCACAUGUAGUACCUCGUGUGGGAACGGCAUUAAAAAGCGAAGCGUUGACUGCAAGAUAUUUUUGGAGUUUUCCCGGAGUGUCGUCCGAUUACCAGACUCUCAGUGUUCAGGUGUUAAGCCAAAAGAGAUUGAGAGCUGUUUCUUAAAGGACUGUCAAGUUAUUCAAGAGGACGACGAGGAUAUGGAUGAUGCGGAUGAGGACGAAGACGACGACAGCGAUAAUCAUAUAAUAAGCACUGGAAUCGAGAAACCGACGAAUAAACUGAUUCCGCUCUCAAAGAUAGGCAUUGAAACCAAAUUCUUUUGGAAGAGUUCGGGUUUUACUGAAUGUUCGGCCACUUGUUUAGGCGGCACUCAGGAGUCGAUAAUACUUUGUGUCAGAGAUACGGACCAAUCAACAGUGAAUCCAUAUUUAUGUGACAUAAAUAAAAAACCGGAUUCAUUCACGCGGACCUGUAAUGAUCAUCCAUGUCCACCCAGGUGGAAUGUGUCAGAGUAUGGUAUAAAGGACUGUCAAGUUAUUCAAGAGGACGACGAGGAUAUGGAUGAUGCGGAUGAGGACGAAGACGACGACAGCGAUAAUCAUAUAAUAAGCACUGGAAUCGAGAAACCGACGAAUAAACUGAUUCCUCUCUCAAAGAUAGGCAUUGAAACCAAAUUCUUUUGGAAGAGUUCGGGUUUUACUGAAUGUUCAGCCACUUGUUUAGGAGGCACUCAGGAGUCGAUAAUACUUUGUGUCAGAGAUACAGACCAAUCAACAGUGAAUCCAUAUUUAUGUGACAUAAAUAAAAAACCGGAUUCAUUCACGCGAACCUGUAAUGAUCAUCCAUGUCCACCCAGGUGGAAUGUGUCAGAGUAUGGUAUUUGUUCCAAAGAGUGCGGAGGAGGAGUACAGAUACGAGAAGUCCAUUGCGUUCAUGAGGUGACCAGAGGUACGGCCAACACAAUCGUUGUGGCCAACCAUCUCUGCAAGGAAGCCAUGCCUAAGACUAAACAGUUCUGCAAUGUUGUCGACUGUCAGCCCAAAUGGGAGGCCCAACACUGGACUCAAUGUUCGCGAAGUUGUGGCGGAGGAGUGAAAACAAGGAAAUUGAAAUGCAUUAAAGAGUUAGCUUUCGGACAGAUAGUGGAGCAGUCGGUCGCUAAGUGUCCCAAAAAGCGUCCGAAAGCUAUAAAGACAUUGAACGGAGAGGCUAUUGUGAUGUCGGGAACUAUUCUUCGGUUGCGAUGCCCUCGACAUAAGUCCAACAAAGACUUAAAUCACAUCCAAUGGUUGAAAAACAACGCAAACAUAAUGUUUGGACAUAAAAUAAAAAUGACGGCAAAGAAUGUCCUCCGCAUCAAAAGCGCAGACAUUUCCGAUUCCGGUGUCUAUUCUUGCAGUUGGGAUAAUAAGACGAUUCAUAAAAUUGAUCUCAAAAUAAAACAUAUGUCGACAUCGGAUGAGGACAGGACUGUUGAGAGACAUAACUUUGGUCCAAAUAAUUAUGAUUUAAAUAUCGUGGCACUCUAA